AUGAGUAUUGCUCUCAAAAAAGCUAAUCGUGAAUUACUGGAAGAUUUUAUUCGAGAAUACCAAAAUCAUCCAUGUCUUUGGCACGUUAAAUCCAAAGAUUAUCAUAACAAAGCAAAGAGAGAUGCAGCAUACAAUAUAUUAGUAGAAAAAUAUAAGUUGAUUGAUGCUAAUGCUGAUAAGGAUACAGUUGUUAAAAAGAUGAAUUCCUUCCGCACUAAUUAUAGAAGAGAAAAGAAAAAAAUUGAAGAUGCCGAUCACUCUGAAAUGGAUAAAGAUGAACGUUAUGAGCCCACACUUUGGUACUACCACCUAUUUCACUUUAUACGAGAUCAAGAGACACCUAGAAAAUCGGUAUCUAACUUGAAUGAGACAGAGGAAGAAAUUGAAGCCCAACCAGAUGAAAAUUCUCAAGAAAAUUAA